UUUAGUGUGAUUACUUGGUUCAGGACAGAACUAAAGAAGCCUCGGACAAGCGCCGUCAUGGUCGGGGACGACGCUUGAACCCUAUGCCCGCCCACAAUGGUAACAACACUGCUAGCCAACUGGAAAAUGAUUUAAAUCCAAAUAGAGGUGUUUUGCAGGAUAUGCUUCCUGCAACCACCCUAGAAGGAAAACAAAGACAGAGGAUGAGAUGGUCAGAUGAAGUUAAUCGACACCUCAUGUUCUGUUAUUACCAAGCAACAAACCUAGGAACCAACACAACUGGAUACAGAUCACAAGUAUACACAACAUUUAUUACCAGAUACCCGGAAUUAAAAUUUUUAACAGAACAACGACUAGCUGAUCAGAUCCGUGUAAUAAUCAAAAAUAACAGGAUACCCCAGUCAGAAUUAGAAAACAUCAAACAACAAGUACAACAAAUACUGGAACAAAAGUAUGUGCAAUCAGAAGAAGAAGAAAAUACAGUAAUGGACUCAAACAUCCCAGAGCAAACAAACAAAGACCAACACGCAUCAAUUAAACAAUCAGAGGAAAACGAAAUCUUAACACAGCCACCAGAACAAGCACAAAUAGAACACGAAGAGACACACGUGUUAGAUAUAGAAGAGAAAUUUCAGCUGACAUAUAUAGAAUACAAAGACACAAAUACAGACAUUAGACCAUUUUGGCAUAGACCGCCAAAUAACCCACAAGUCGAAACAACAAUAAAAACUAUCAACACAAUCAUACACAACAAAAUAAAUGAAAACACAACUAUGGAAGAGUUACAACUACUGGUUUAUAUAGGAGCACUCACUACACUAAAUAUACACACUAGGCAGAGAUCAGAACAAACCAACACACAUAAGAAACCCACAAAACCAGCAUGGCAACACAGGCUUUUUUUUUGUGGUUUUAGGGCGCACAACUUCAAUGGUCAUUAGCGCCCUGACAACG